AUGCUAUUCCUUGCUCGAAGAGCCGCUGGCAGCGGGGCUGUCGCAGCGUCCAGGGGACUCUCGGGGUUCCGAUCUGUAUCGAGAAGAAGUCUGCUGUCGACCCUCGCCAUUCUGGAGCAGAGAGAAGGUCAAUUGAACCAUGGCUCACUGAGCGCCAUCACAGCAGCAAAGAAGCUGGGAGGAUCCAUCCACGGCUUUGUAGCGGGAAGCAACAUCAAGGGUGUUGCCGAUGAGGCGGCAAAGGUUGAAGGUGUUGAGAAGGUCAUUGCAGUCGACAAUGCCGCGUAUGACAAGGUAGGCCAUUAUUGUAGAAUAUCGACAAAUUGUAAGGUUCCGGAGCUGACAUUUCCGUACUUGCAGGGUCUCCCCGAGAACUUCGCACCGCUGUUGGUCGAGAACAUCAAGAAGGGCGGCUACACCCACAUCAUCGCUGGACACACUGCCUUUGGAAAGAACUUGAUGCCCCGCGUUGCCGCCAUGCUGGACACGCAGCAAAUCUCCGACAUUACUUCGAUCGAGGGUGAGAACACCUUCGUCCGCCCAAUCUACGCCGGCAAUGCCAUCGCGACAGUAGAGUCAUCCGACGAGAUCAAGGUUAUAACCAUCCGAGGCACGGCCUUCCCCGCGGCCGAAGUUGCUAGCGGCUCAGCUACGGUGGAGGAUGGCGUUGAUCCCAAGUCUGACUCUGCUACUGAGUGGGUGUCAGAGGAUCUUGCCAAGUCAGACAGGCCGGACCUUGCUACCGCUGGGAGGGUUGUCUCUGGCGGCAGAGGCCUCAAGUCUAAGGAGGAGUUCGACAAGGUCAUGCUGCCCCUGGCCGAUUCUCUGGGUGCUGCUGUUGGCGCCUCCAGAGCCGCUGUUGAUAGCGGGUACGCUGAUAACAGCUUGCAAGUUGGACAGACUGGCAAGGUCGUUGCACCUCAGUUGUACCUGGCUGUUGGCAUUUCAGGUGCCAUCCAGCACUUGGCUGGUAUGAAGGACAGCAAGGUCAUUGCCGCCAUAAAUAAGGAUGCUGAUGCCCCUAUUUUCCAAAUCGCGGACGUUGGGCUCGUGGGAGAUUUGUUCGACAAGGUGCCAGAACUGACCGAAAAGAUCAAGCAAUAA